UCUGUAAUUAACCGGUUUUCCUGUUUCUUUUGCAGCAAUCCAAGUCUUGCAAGCCAACUAUCAAUUUCCCAACGUAGAGGCAAUUCGGACCGUGCUUCGUUAUUCCCACCGAGAUUGCAACGAUUUGCUCGGUUACACCCCAACCUACAUGUACUCUGCUCCGCGCCGGAAUAGAGUAACAGACUUCCUCCGUGCUCCAUUGCCACCUCCAGACCCUACCCUUCCUGGCGUCCCCUUAAUCCGGUUAACAGACGAACAAGAAAUGGCCAAAAGAAGCCGAAUCAAAAACCUUCUCACUGCAACCUGGGCCGAGAUACCGAGCGUCGUCGCCCGUUCCCCGGCUGCCGGUCAAUCAAGUGCCGCCGUGGUCGCCUUAGCUUCUCCAGCCGCCGGGCAGUCUAGCCAAGAAACACACCGGGCUGGCAAAAGACCACAAACAGAUCCCUCUGCCGAGCUCGUCGCCGAACUGACUACCGAGCAACCUGCCGACAGGGUCAGCCCCAUCCCAGCAUGGCGGCCGCAGUUGAAGCACUGGGGCAAAGAGAUCCCGACAAAUGCUUCGGUCAAAGGUGACAAGGAGCAUUUGCUUGCCUUCGACCUCUCAAAGGCUCUGCUACUGCCCAGCGACGUGGUUGGCAGUGACCACGUUCCUGACACCCGGCUGGUCAAAUCCGCCGUGAAGUCCAUGACCAGGGCCAUCCAAAAGCAGCACUUGGUCAUGGAGCGCAUCCACAGACUUCGGCAGAAGGCGAGUGAUACCGCAAGCCAAGUCGAAAGCCUCCAAACCGAGCUUGGCCGAGCAAAGUCAUCGCUCGAAGCCGCCAAUUCCGACAACAACAGGCUGCUCGGCCAACUUGAAGCAGCCGAGAAAGAGAAGGACGAGCUCCAGGCCGAGCUUGACGAGCUGAAGAAGUCCAGGAAAAAAGACUGCGAGGACGCCAAUAACGCCGGCUUCAACGAAGCCGAGGAAAACUACAAGAAACAAGUCUUCGCCACCCAGGACAUUUACUUCAAGGCUGGAUGGAAGGCUGCCUGUCAACAGCUCGGUCAGGGUCCUGACACUGACGUGUUUGCCUUUCCACCGGCUGUCUUUUUACCGACCUACCUCAUUCCAUAUGCCAAUGACGUCUUCAGUGCGCUGCAAGCUGAGGCCGAGGAAGGACUUCAAGAAGAGGACGAGAGCGAAGCUGAAGGAGAGGACCAAACCGAACAGGAGCAGGCCGGCCAGACUGGGACCGGUGUCCAGGACCCAACUGCCACGGUCAACCUGGAGGCUGAUGAGGAAUUCCCUGAUCUCUCCCCCCUAGCUUAGGUUUCUUUUUUCUGUUUCUGUAAAUGUAACCGGGCUAAGUUUCCCACCUUUUGUAUGAACUUUUUAUCAAUGAAAAGCUUUGAUUUCAUCAAGUGUUUGGACGGUCGUCAUCAAUUCCUUUUUCAGCAACACAUCUCGGUAUAAAUUGUAAAAUCGAACAUAACACCCAAGUUGAACUCACCAACUUUUUCAACCGGAAUAAAUCAACUCGGUUGGGAAUCCUAAGCUGGGCAAAACACCAACUCUUCCAACCGGAGUAAAUCAUCUCGGUUGGGAAUCCGAAGUUGGGCA